AUGCGCGGCAUAUCGACCCUCUACUGUCUGGCGUGCGAGCGGGAGGGCUGCUUGACGAACUCGCGCUUCGUCGAGUUCUGCCGAGCCCUCGACACGUCGGAGGAUUGUCCGACACUUUUAGACUUCCGAGACAACUACUUAAGCGACACGGGGGCGGCAGCGAUCCUUCGCACGGUUGCUAUUAUGCGCUGGGUGCGUGCCGUAGACCUGCGCGGCUGCGGGGCGGGGUUGAAGUCGGUGCAGGCGUUAGCCGACGUCGCGGUGGAGCACCCGCAUCUUCGCUGCGUCGACCUGCGCGGUGAGUGCAGCGAUGUGUUCGUCAUGUCUGGUCGCCGGCUGCUGGUGGCGCUGCGUCUCUGCCCGAAGCUGGUGGUGCACGUCAACUACGACGACUUCCCAGCGACGAUGGCGCAGAAGCUCCGAGAAGCCAACCAGCGCAACGCGGAGCUGCAGCAGGAGGAGGACGCCGCGAUCGCAGCAGAGAAGAUGGCGGCGAUGCCGGUGCUCGACUCUCUCAACGCGGCAGCAAAGGACGAGGACCUAUUUUAUCUACCCAAGCACGACCGCGAUGGGGUGCCUCUGUACGACGCUGACUCGAGCCUGCUACCGCUGGUGGAUAACCUCAACGAGUAUAUGGAGGACUACCUGCAGGCGUACCAGUACGUUGGUCGCGCAGCAGCACUACUGGCGGUCGAUCUUGGCGCCGCGAUUCUUCCGUGCAUCCGCGCCACAGCGGUCGCCGUGCCACCGUCCGCGGCUACAAGCACCGGGCGCGUGUACCCGACGGACGUCAUGAUGUCGGUGCGGGCGGUGGAUGCACUCCUUGGUGGGCUGCGUGCCAAUCCGUUUAUUUUAGAGGAGCUGGUGGCCGCACGCGGCGCAAUGAACGAGAUGUACGUGGCGAAGCUGAAGGAGAUGCGCGGCGAGUACGAGUCACUGGUGGCGGACCGGCUGGGUUCGUGCCCCUCUUACCGCGAGCGGCGUCUCGAAAAAGAGAUGCGCCCCGUGUACGACCGCAUCGUCGCCGGCAUCUCGCAGCGCAGCAUGGUGGAUAUGCCAUCGAUGGGGCAUGUGGAGGAGCACCUGCGCCAGGUGCGGGCGGAUGUGCUGAACCGGCUGCUGGAGGGGCGGCAGCGAGUGCUGCCGGCGCUGCUGGCGCAGGUGCGGUACUUUGCGUACAACCGCCCAGCGCAGGCCAAGGCGUGGGCCGACAGCUAUGUAAGGUACAAGGAGAAGCAGCAGGUUGUCGAGGAGGAGGAGGAGGGGGGGGAAACAGAAGAGCGCGAAGAAAGGAAAAACGUGGCUGGCCAGGCGGCGCUGUCGGCGGCAGACCAGUUGUCUGGUGAAUCCCCGCAGCGUGUCAAGAUGUGUGUGGCGGCCAUGAACGAUCUCCGUGAAGUGCUACAGGACCCUUACACGGAGGCCCGCUACGCCGUGACGCGGCCGCUUUCGGAGGCACUCCCAAUGGAAAUGCGGAUGUUCCUCUGCGACCUUGCGCUUCGUCGCGGUGCCUCCCUUUACACCCCACGUGUUUUCUCCUUGGUGGAAGAGGAGGAGGAGAAGGAGGGAGGAGGAGGAAAGGAAGAAGGACAGCAACAGGGAAGUGGGCGUCUGGAGGGUAGGUCAGAGGACCCGUUCGACAUUGUUCGCAUCUUUGAGCGGGUCCGCGGCAGGCGUGACCUAUCGGAAGUGCUCUGUGCCUUUGACGAGUGGUAUCGUCUGCGCCAGGUGGAGUGCUACGACGUGAGGCACGUGAGUCGACAGGAACUGCUGGCAGCGAUGUCGCAGAUGUAA